AUGUUGGAAAAAUGUUCCUUCUGUAGAAAGGGGGAAUGUAUCAAACCUGUCAAAGUUGAAAAAAAAACUGGAAAAGCAGCAGCUAAGAUCAGAAUUGAAGCGGAUGGGAGCUACUUUCAGAUCAAUCAGGAUGGAGGAGCACAAAAACUGGAAAAGGCCAAAAUUACUCUGAAUGACUGUUUAGCUUGUAGCGGCUGCAUUACAUCAGCAGAAAGUGUUUUAAUCACCCAACAGAGCCAUGAAGAGCUGUACAAAAUGCUAACUUUUAACAAGACUGCAGCUCCCAAUGAACAGAAGUUGGUGGUGGUAUCUGUUUCCCCGCAGUCCAGAGCUUCCCUAGCUGCAAGAUAUAAAAUGAGCGUCCUGGAAACAGCAAAGAAGUUGACCUCAUUCUUGAAGAGUUUAGGUGUGCACUAUGUGUUUGAUACAACUUUCUCAAGAAACUUCAGCCUAUUGGAGAGCCAACGAGAGUUUGUAAAACGCUUUCGAAAACAGUCUGAAGACAAAAAGGCUUUGCCCAUGCUAGCUUCUGCCUGCCCAGGUUGGAUCUGCUACGCAGAGAAAACCCAUGGCAGUUUCAUCAUUCCUUAUAUCAGUACUGCCAAGUCUCCACAGCAGGUCAUGGGCUCCUUGAUCAAAGGCCAUUUUGCAGAGCAGCAGCACUUAACACCCGACCAGAUAUACCAUGUAACAGUAAUGCCCUGUUAUGACAAAAAGCUAGAGGCUUCAAGGCCAGACUUUUUCAACCAAGAGUACCAAACUCGAGAUGUGGACUGUGUAAUCACUACAGGAGAAGUGCUAAGGUUGUUGGAACAAGAAGGAAUAUCUUUAUCAGAUGUAGAUCCUGCUCCUUUGGAUAUCAUGUUUUGCUGCAGUGGUGAAGAGGAGCUCACUGGCCACUCAGGAGGUGGUUCUGGUGGUUAUUUGGAGCACGUAUACAAGUACGCAGCAAAGGAACUCUUUGGAAUUCAAGUGGAUACAAUUCAGUACAAACCUUUAAAAAACAAGGACUUCCAGGAGGUGACGCUGGAGAAGGAUGGAGUAGUCCUGCUCCAGUUUGCUUUGGCAUAUGGAUUUCGAAACAUACAAAACUUAGUGCAGAAAUUGAAACGAGGAAAAUCCCCUUACCACUAUGUUGAAGUCAUGGCUUGCCCAUCAGGCUGUUUAAAUGGAGGUGGCCAGAUCAAAGUGGAAGGAGAGGCCAGCAAGGACUGGCUGCAGCAAGUGGAGAAGCUCUACGAGUCUCUGAGGACUGAAACCCCGGAGAGGAGUCGGGGUGUGGAUGAGCUGUACGAGCAGUGGCUGGGGGGCACGGAUUCACCAAAGGCUGCAAGCGCCUUGCACACCCAGUACCACGCAGUGGAGAAAGCAGGCACUGGAUUUAAUAUCAAAUGGUGAAGAUCAGCUCUGGCAGCACAUCCGUGAAGCCUACGUA